AUGCCCACCGAGCGCGAUUCAACAUAUCACUCAUUCCGAUCAGAUUGGAACUCCAACGAUGAAUUUUUCAAAUUCACGCGUGGACGGUUUGUUGUCGAGGAGGCAGAGAACCUUGACUUGAACAAACUCGCGCAAGUCACGGCAGACUCGGUCGGCGCGGCUCAAUGCAUUUCCAUCAAGAAGUACCCCGACGGCAUGUUCAAUAAAUCAUUCCCCAUGACUAUAGAGGAUGGCCAAGAAGUCGUAGCCAAGGUUCCUAACCCGAAUGCUGGUAUUCCACACUUCACCACAGCCAGUGAAGUCGCCACAAUGGACUUCGCUAGAAAAAUCAUUAAUUCCCCAGCGCCUCAUGUCUAUGCUUGGAACUCGCGAGCAAAAUCACAUCCUGUUGGGGCUGAAUUCAUUAUCAUGGAUAAAAUUGAGGGUGUACCGCUUUCUGAAGUCUGGGAUACCAUGCAAAUACAAAAGAGGCUUAAAGUGAUUCUUGCCAUGACAAGUCUACAGAAAGAAUGGCUGAGCGUUUCAUUCUCGCAUUAUGAAAGCCUGUACUACGCCGGAGACGUGCAGUCGCCAGCAGGCAACCACUAUGUCAAGAGGGCACCGCUAUCAAAGAUUCAGAGUUCACCAUUGGCCCGGCUACUGGUCGGGAUUGGUUUGAUGCGGGCAGAUCAGUUUUGGACAUUGAAAGAGGACCAUUACAUGCAAGCAGUCGGAGCGCGAGAGAUCAAGGCAAUCCAGUCUCUGAAACCACCAAAACAGAUUGCCUUAUUUUGUGGCCCAAAGCUCUACCAACCCGACGCUGAAAAAAAGCUCACUGUGUUAGCAUGGUACCAAAAGAUUGUCGACGCCCUUAUCCCAAAGGACACCUCUGUCACCAAUCCACGUCUCUGGCAUGAUGAUCUGCAUGGUGACAACAUCUUUGCCGAUACUAUCUGGCUUUCCACUGAAGAGCGGUCUGCGGCUACGCGCGCGCAUAUCGUUCAGAAUGUGUUCAUUGGAUGGCGACAGCUCAUGCAUGCUAAAAAUCUGGACUUGUAUCGGGUAGUCGAAUUCCGAAAGACACCAGCGUACGGCCUGUUAUUUCUUGCCCACCGCAUGUUUGAAUAUGGAGAGGCGCACUUCCUAUCACUCCUAGUCGAUCUGAAGGACAGGUGGGCGGACUUACCUGGCGUCACUAGCGACACCCCAUUCCCGUUUGACUUUUCAGAGGAAGAUUUUGAGCGCAUCAAGCUGGACAGCGAUGAUGCGGUAGCAGGAACUGAGCUUGUGGCUGAGAUCAAGGAGAAAAUAGGCGAUUUGUGGCCUGACAAAGGCUUUAUCGAAUACGAGCGAUACGAUGAUUGCAAAGCUGUGCUCGACGAACUCAAAGGCCAAAUAUUGGACCAAUUGGCUGAGACUGACGAGGAAAAAGCGGAGUACCAGCGUCAUUGGCCAUUCUAA